AUGUGUGCUUCGUUCGACGAUUGUCACCGGAGUCGUUCGCCAUUAUUGCCAACUUCUCUCAACGUGCCCAUCAUUGACAACAUCUUUGGAUUUGCCGCUUUUAUCUCUGAUUCUUUUGUUUACAUUUCGAAGAUCCUUUUGGCAGUGAAUCGCUUUUUUGCGAUAGCUUUUGGUGGCAACUUUUUCAUCUACAUUGAAAAAGCCUAUUUAGUGCAAUACUUGAUCCUUUUUGGUUAUCCUAUGCUGGUCUCUUGGCCGAUGUUCUUUUCGGGUUAUCGAGUGACGUGGGCCAAUUGGAACAAUUACUACUCCAUGGAAAAUGGGCUCUUUUCGGAACUAUAUCUCCAGGCCACUCAAGUGUACGCGGGCUAUGUGGUGAUUGGGGUUUGCACGGUGCUCGACUCGCUCACUUACUCGUUGAUUCGACAACGACGCAGGAAAUAUCACACGACGCGGAUGAGUGUGGAGCAACUUCGCUUGCGAAAAGACCACAUUUUAAUCACACAAAUGUUGUGCAAUAAUUUGACGGUGAUCCUCGAAAUAGGAGCCGUCACUGUGAUCCUGGCGCUUGCCCAGCCAUCGAAUAUGCUUUUGUUCAUGUGCUGGACGGUCUCCUGGAUGAUUGCUAGCGGCGUGGAAGGUCUCCUCUUCGUCAUAUUCUUUCGCGAGCAUCAUCCGUGUCGCACCAAAUCACCGGUGUUGUUUUUGUCGACCGCC